AUGGCGUCACAACCGCAAGCAGGCCAGCGACCCAAGGUCCAGCCCUGCCGAUACAAGACCGGAAAGACGCUAGGAGCCGGCUCCUACUCGGUCGUCAAAGAAUGCGUGCACAUCGACACGGGUCGUUACUAUGCAGCGAAGGUGAUCAAUAAGCGCCUGAUGGCGGGCCGUGAGCACAUGGUCCGGAAUGAGAUCGCGGUGCUGAAAAGAGUGUCCAUGGGCCAUCAGAACAUCUUGACCCUGGUCGACUACUUUGAAACAAUGAACAACCUGUACCUGGUCACCGACCUCGCGCUUGGUGGUGAGCUUUUCGACCGCAUUUGCCGUAAAGGCAGUUACUACGAAUCCGACGCUGCGGACCUCAUCCGUGCGAUCCUGUCUGCUGUGGCGUACUUGCACGACCAUGGAAUCGUGCAUCGGGAUCUGAAGCCCGAGAACCUUCUAUUCCGCACCCCAGAGGACAAUGCGGAUCUCCUGAUCGCGGACUUUGGCUUGUCCAGAAUCAUGGAUGAGGAGCAGUUCCACGUCCUUACUACGACGUGCGGCACGCCAGGAUACAUGGCCCCCGAGAUCUUCAAGAAAAGCGGUCACGGAAAACCAGUAGACAUCUGGGCCAUCGGCGUUAUCACCUACUUCUUGCUAUGCGGUUACACCCCCUUCGACCGCGAAUCCAACCUGGAAGAGAUGCAGGCCAUCCUUGCAGCAGACUACUCCUUCACCCCCUUUGAAUACUGGCGCGGCGUUUCCCACGACGCACGGGACUUUAUCAAGCGGUGUCUAACCAUCGAUCCUAACGCUCGUAUGACGGCUCACGAGGCCCUUCAACAUGCCUGGGUCAACCCGCCCUACGACACUUCCGCCGACAAACUCGGCUCCGGCGCAGAUCUCCUCCCCACAGUCAAGAAGAACUUCAACGCCCGUCGCACCCUACACAAGGCCAUCGAUACUGUGCGCGCCAUCAACAAGCUCCGCGAAGGUGGCGGCCUGAUGAUGGACGGCAUGAUGAGCGUGGACCCGAAGCCGGAACGGGUCAACGGCAACGACGUCAUCGAAGAACGUCGAGACCACGAUGGACACAUGGAAAUCGACGGCCGUUCCAACGCCCGCGGCCAGACAGAAGAGCAGAUUCGCGCCCAAGAGCGAAAAGUCCAGGAAAUGGUCGCUGGGUUGUGGAGUCGGACGGUGAAGAAAUAA